UCAAUAGUGUCAUUUAUAUGAACUGUCAGUAGGCAAAUGUUAAUAAAAUAAUAGAGAAAUGAACGAAAUAUCAAGCUAGUUGUGUGAAAAUUAAUGCUAAAACAAUGGCAGUCUACUUAACUAAGAAAAUGCUAUCUAAAAUGAACAAAAUAAAAUAUCCUUGUGGUCCGUCAGCCGAGAUUCCCUCGAACAGUUUCGAUGAUCCUUGGUCUAGCCUGCUAAUGGAUGCGAAUGGGGCCAAUAAAAAAAUGCCGUUGGCUAAGCAGAUGAUAUGUAGAGUUUGUGCGCGGGCCGCCCAGCAUCCUCUGAGUGAUCGAAUUGAUGAAUACGACAUCAUGAGCGCUCUUAGAAGUAUCACUAACAUUACAAUAGAAGUUGAUGAUUCACUUCCAAAGUUCAUCUGUACUGAUUGUUUUAAUAAUCUCAAGAAUGCCAUGCAAUUUAAAAGAACUUGCGAGGCCUCCGAUAAGAAAUUUAAGAAAAUACUAAAUCCAACAGGCAGUCCUAGCACACCACUAUACCCAUAUUCAAAGCAUGACUUCCAGCUGAUUCUGCAUCAAAUCAAGCAGAAGAGAAUGAAAAUAGAAGAGAAGAUAGCUAAGGAACAAAUGAGGAGAGAAAGACUGCAAGAAAAGAAGUCACCUAAAGUGAAACAGUUCAAAUGUUCACCCUGUGAUUUGACAUUCCCAAACAAGGAAAAGCUGAUGGCCCACCGUCGCGAACGCCAGUGCAUGCGCCGCGCGUGCGACAUCUGUGGGCAACUCGUGCUCAGCAUCGCGCAACACAUGCGCCACAUACACAAGCAGUCUGUGCCCCACCAGUGUCCCACCUGCGGCAAGGAGUUCCCCAUCAUUGCUAGACUGAAGAACCAUAUGUUGGUUCACACAAACACAUUCAACUUCUUCUGUGACCUAUGUCCGUACAAAUGCAAGCACAAGUACUACCUAGUGAUGCAUAUGCGCACCCACACUGGAGAGAAACCCCACAAGUGUACCCAGUGCCCCGCCACCUUCGUCAACCAGUCGAAUCUCAACAAGCAUAAGCUUACUCAUCAGGAAAAACAGUUUAAAUGUAUGCUGUGCGAGAAAGCGUUCCGUACCAAUACGGUGCUUCGCGAGCACCACGAAGCCACUCAUAUGAACAUUAAGCACACAUGUAACUACUGUGGACGUGACUUCUGUUACAAGUCGGACCUCCGCAAACACGAGAUCCGCAACCACAACCGUAUGAAACGCGACUACAUCGGCGGCGAGCCUACAUACAAGCAAGUUGAGAGACUGCAGAAAAUGCAGGAAACUGAAGAAAUGGACAAAUGGCGGGUUCAAGAGAUGACUAUCACGCAGCUGCCAGUUGUUCAGGCUACGUAUGUGGACCCGCCCAAGGAGUUUAUAAGUAAUCAUGCGAUGUUUUAUCCUGAUGUUGGCAUGAUACAGCAGCAGCAGAUGGUUCAACAACAGACUGUGGAGUUGACUUUACCCGAGUUGACGAUGAAAAAAGACGAAGUGAAAAUGUACGAGACCCAGCAGACAAUUACAGAAUAUUUUUAGAAAUCAACGCAUUUAUAUUAAUAAUUAUGAAUUACCAUUUUACAAUUAUACAUUUACCUUUUAAAUCACAAAAGAUUAAUGAUUCCAUGUAUUAUUUAACUAACAUUUACAUUAGUGACAUCGAUGUAUUUUAAGGAUUAUUUUAAUUUUAACUAUAAAAAUCAUACGAAUUAUUUUAAUCAUGGUAAUCAUAGUAUGCCUAUUAAGUAAUAAACGGAUAUUAAUAGAU